GUAAUAUUUAUAUCUACAGGUAUAAGGUAUAGGUUUUUAUAGGGGAAUACGUUACGUUACCAUGAGAGUGUUCAUAGCUCUAAUCCUUCUGAACUCGAACGCCUCCAUCUUGGCAAAAUUACUUCAAUGUCUAAAUGAUGUUUGUUCAGAACGGGGUUGGUCAGGGUUGGAUGAGUCGAUUCCAAGACCUUGUGAACCACGUAAUGAUAUGUUGAACGUGGCUGAAACAGGAACCGUCACAGUAGAACCUUCGAAUGCUACUUGUGGAUUUCCUAAAAGAUCAAAGUUCUGUAGCUUGAAAAAUCAUCUUUCAUGCCUCUCAUGUGACAGCUCACGAAAAGAUUUAAGUCACGACCCAAAUCAUAUGAUCGACGCCAUUAAAUGGACAUGGUGGCAAAGCAAAAGUAAUCCCGGUCCACCAGGUCGACCGCUUGAAGUCAAUGUGUCGAUUGCGCUGCCUAUGAAGUUUAUUCUUACAGAUGACGUCAUCAUAGAUUUCUACGAUGGGCGACCUCAAGUGAUGAUGGUGGAAAAGUCAUCCGACCAUGGAAUCACGUGGUUACCGCUGCAAUACUUCGCUGACAACUGCCUCGCUCGCUUUGGGAUGCCUGCCAAAGACACGGAAAGCACUUUUUCAACAUUUACUGAAGCUUUAUCGCCGUUUUGCACCGAAGAUUGCAGCAUUAACGAUAGUUGGGACAGUACAGACAUUACUCGUGUCUCUGUAUCUAACCGACUCACCGAUUUGCUUAUCCUUGGCUUGGAAAAGGAAGAAAUGUGCGGAGCCUUGGAGAACAACACUUUAGGUCUAAGGAGUUUUUUAGAGAUCACCAACCUCCGUAUUCGUCUUAUCCGACCUCCAGUGAUGCAGUGGAACAAAUCAAAUGGAAAACAAAGUCAUCUAAGCUCUUCUUAUCAUUACGGAAUUAAGAAAGUGCAAAUCAACGCAAGAUGUCAAUGUAACGGUCAUGCCAGUUCAUGCGUGUACGAAGGUAAAUCAGCAAGAUGUGAAUGCCAGCAUGAUACUGUAGGAAAGCAAUGUGAGAAAUGUCGACCUUUGUUUUGGAUGACGUCAUGGCGACAAGGAAGUUUCUUCCCGAAGCGUGAAAGAGGAACCGCUAAUCCUUGUUUAUCUUCGUAUUCGAAGUGGUACAGAGACAAGCUGUUCAAAGAGGUGUUGUUUACUCCCAACGAUUUCCAAAACGCGAAAGCCCUGCAACUGCCAGAGCCGUGCCAAUGUAAUAAACAUAGCGAACGGUGUGAACUUGUAAGCGUUGUAGGAAUGCUGUGUGUGGAUUGCAGACAUAAUACGGAAGGGGAAAACUGCCAUAGAUGUAAGAACAGAUUCUACAGGAAUGCAAACGUACCGAUUAACGACACACGAACAUGUAAACCUUGCAAAUGUGACCGAGUUGGCUCAUAUGGAAAAUGGUGCAGAUCUCACGGCCAAUGCAACUGCAGACCUAACUUUGUGGGUAGAACGUGCAACAGGUGUAAAUCUGGUUGCUAUCGAAUAAACAGAUCGUGUAAAAAAAUUACGAAUAAGUGCAACUCUGCGGCAACAUGCGCUGGACGAACAGAUGAGAACCAGAUCCUUCGAAAUCCUUUCUUGGCUUGCGUUUUCACCCCUGCCGGUUGGUGUUCAUGCUCAAACCAUAUAUUUGUAAACUGCACUGCCAUGGCACCCUUUCAAAGCAGAAAUACAACGAGGACCAACUUGAAAGAUAAUGGAAGCAGCGCGUGUACCUGUAUAGGGACGAAACAUUUUUUACACUUAUUAACUUUUCUGACCCUCUUCUUUAUUAUAUGAUGCCUAUCGUUGUAGUUUUCGAAGCGCAGCUACUAUCAGAGACAGAACUGUUGUCGUAGAUUGAAAAUGAAGGUACCAGUACGGCAGUACAUCAUCACUUAUUUAAUCUCGCCUUAUCGCCUAGGUGGACAAAGCAAGAAUUUUAACACUUGUGAUAUAUUUUGCAACGUGUGUAAAGCGAACAAGCGACGCUUUCCGUUCUCCUAAAACAAUUUAGUAUUUGCGCGCACUUUUCAUUAUUUUACUUUUUACUGAUCUCUUGCUUUGAGCCGAUAAAAAGAUUCCAAUAUUCUUUUGUUUCUCUGAAAAAAUCCCCGAAUGCAGUACCAGAAACAUAGACAUCCGAUAAACAAUAACAAACGCUAAACGUUUGACUGCAUUCAGCAUGACAUGGUUGUCUCUUCGAAGAAGGAGAUUAAUAGAGAUUUAAAUGUACUAUAAGUCAUUAAGAAAUGACAACACCA